GUGCGCUAACAUUGCCACUGCUCUUCGACAACUUCAUAAUGUUGAAACACAGUGUUUCAGUUAUUUGGAUUGCGAUCAGUUUCUUUGCAUCACAUGCUAUAGCGUUUGGGGACCAAUCCCAAGAUCCUUGUAUGCGCAAUGUCUGGUCAUGCAGUAAGUGCUACGCGAACAUGAAAAAGGGAUUCUGCACGCAMAGGAAUAAAGUGCAUGAAAUGAAGAUGAAUUGCGCGAGCAUGUGUGGAUAUUACUGUUCCAAUGGGAAAAUGGCCAGUGGACCUUUUAAUCAAGGUUGUAAAGGAGAGGACCAAUGCUUCAGUCGCGAUCGACUAAACCACGUGAUGAUAGCCAAAUAUAACAUAACCAAAGACUCCUGUUAUGGUCUGAAGAAAUCCCUCACACCGUCCAAUGGAAAUAAUUUGCCACCAKCUUGGAUGAAGUAUCAUUGUGAGACGACUUUUGACUGGUGCUGUCCCGAUAAAAAAACGUUUGCUGAUGGACCUGAUCURCAGAAUUGCCCAUAUAAAUUAUGCUAUAAUGUGUACAGUGAUGUUUACUGUSGGAAUAUGAUCCAAUAUUGCGAUGAACCAACCUACGACAUUGCCAAAAAAUGUGCAUGGAGCUGCAACAUCUGCAAGGCCCCAAGUCCCCCAAUGUGUGGUCCUUAUCGAUGCUGUUGGAACGGAAAGCCCCCAAUAAUAUCCAACAAACCAAAUGGGAAAAUGUGUCCACCUUGUGCAGAUUUGGCUAGCUCUCAUAUUUGCACUCAGUUUUUAAGAGGAUGUAACACUGGUCAGAUACGCCUUCGUACGUAUAUGCAGAAUAACUGUUAUCGAACGUGCAACCCUGGUUGUAAUUAGGUCGAUCUACUGUAAUGGAAACCCGAAGACAAGAAUUACACGUAGCGACAAGUGAUUAU